AUGAGCUACUACAGCAGCUAUUAUGGAGGCCUGGGAUGUGGUUCUGGAGGCUUUGGUGGCUGGGUCUAUGGCUAUGGCUGUGGUUGUGGCAGCUUCCGCAGGCUAGGCUAUGGCUGUGGCUAUGGAGGCUGUGGAUAUAGCUGCUGCUGACCAUUAUACUAUGGAGGAUAUGGAUUCUCUAGCUUCUACUGAAGAGUGAACUCAUUCUUUGGAUCACUAGAAUCUGUGUAUCAUCCUGACUUAAUUCUCCUUUCAGGUCUUUUUACCCGCUCUGUCAACUGCACAGCCACUUUCUUGAUAAACCAGACAAAGCAGCAAAGGGUGCCUUAUGAACUCUUCAAAGUGAAGACUCAAUUCUGGCAACAAACACAACAGAAACAGUGGCAACAACAAGGGGAACCCUUCCUGUAGAAUGACCUAGAAUCCCACCUUUCAAGCUGUGAAUCCCUCUCUUCCCUUAUUAAUAUAUCAACAUGGCACCAACUCUUCUAUUUCAAUAAACUAAUUUUAACAGUAGAGCAAAUUUGGUUGAAAUUUUUUUUUCUAUUUUAUUUUGGUAAGGACACUUAACAUGAAAUCUACCCUCCUAACAACUUUUUGAGUCAACCAUACAUUAUUGCUGACUACAGGUACCAUACUGUACAGCUGAUCUCUAGAGUCCGUUCACCUUGCCUGACUGAAACUUCAUGUCUUUUUGUCAGUAACUCUCCAUUUCCCCCUUCCCCCAGCUCCUGGUAACUGCCAUUCUACUCUUGGAUUCUACAAAUUUGACUCUUUUGGAUGCCUCAUGUAAAGUGGAAUUGGGCAGUAUUUGUCUUUCUGUGGCUGAUAUAUCUCACUUGGUUUCAUUUCUAUUGAUUCAUUUCACAGAACCAGACCCAAGCUUCCAGGGUCUGUGUGCGUGCCUUCACCAUUGUAUAUUCUGUGGUCAUGACAAUACCUGGCACGUAUAAGGCAGUCAAGAAUAUUUGUGGAUUAAGAAACUUGCUCAUCGGUGUUAU